CUGAAGCUCAACAUCCUCGCUCUUGUCCCCAGCUUUUUUUUUCGAAGCAGUAUUAUACCUUUACCAAGUCUAGGCACGCCUGUCUCGGCUAAAACGUAGGAAAUUGGGGAGUGAACGUUGUUGUACGGAUGGAUGGAUGGAGCGCCACUACCGAGUCUGAUGAAGGCACGGAUCGGGCAAAGAGUACCGAGACCAUCAUCGUAUGGAGGAAAAGGAUGACGCCAUCACUUGCGGGACUCUCGCAAAGUGUUGUUGCCCGUCUCCCAGCCACUCAGUCGAGACUCAGGGCCGAGUCGGGCCCAUGUGGCCGGAGACAAAGCGAGGCCAGCCUCGAAUUCCUCAUCAAGGGGGAAAACCGGCGUAUGAGUACCCACGAUACCCACGCUCGAUUCCUUAGUACAUGUGGUUCCAGGAGAAGAGAAGGGAACACGCAUACACGGGCCGUAGAAACUCGUUGAGCUGAGAGAGGAGGAGAGAGGAGGAAUAGACAAGGAGGAAGACCGGAGGAGGGGAGAGGAGAGGAGAUAUGUGCAAAAGGGCGUAACAACAGCACAGCUUGGCAACAGCAUUGUUGGCGUCGGACCUCGCCUCAUCCCAAAGCGCACCAUGGGGCAGACGGAGGACGGUUGUCGGUUGGCGAUGGUUGGAGACUUUUUAUCUCGCCUCUCACGCACUCCAAGUACGUAGUAGUGUGCUUACCUCUGUCGGCUUUUGCGGGAGAAGGAAGCCCGUACAACUUGGAAGGAGCAAAGGAGGAGGAGGAGAGCUUCUAAAGACUGUUGGAGGAGUGGCACGGAGAAACACCACCGAAACGAGAGCGAGUGUCCAUGUUGUUCUCCGUGUUCUCCACACAGAUCUGGGAAACGAACAGGCGGACUUUUAGUUUUCUUCCCAAGCCCCGACAGCCUUCUUCAUUGUAUCUGCCUCGGCCAGAGUCAAAAGCCUGAGUGCUACAACGUACCUGACUCAUCAUCAUCCCCAAAUCCAAAUUAUCCUUUCCCAACCCCAUUACUGGAGCAUUUGGAGACCAUUCGUGAAUGUUACCAAUUCGCCACCCAGGAUCAAAAUCGAACACUUUCGGCCAAAAAAAACCUCUCGGUGUCCUUCACUAGUUUUUUUUCUUCUCUGGACUUCUCAUUGUCAGUGUGUGAUGUGCUGCGGCUGGCCAAAAUGGACCUCUGAAAGACCCUAGUGAGUGUGCAGCGGCGAAUAUGUUGCCCGUGUGUCUGAUUGUCUGUCUAGUGAAUGUUGUUACAAAGUGAUGCAAAUGACUUAAGUGCAUGUCAGGGCUGAAUGCCUGGUCCAUUUGAUUUCGUUACGUUGAAAUCCACUUGUGGAAUUCUCUCCCGUGGCCUUGUGUCUGUGUGUGCUCUUCGUUCAAGGUAUUUGGUAGCUUCAACCCCUACCCUGAUCCCAACGUUUGAUGUCCCUGCACAAGUUUCCAAUCAGAGUCCUCCUUAGUACCUGAGUUCAUGACCAACGAUAUCUUCCUUAUUCAUGUUACUUCGUCUGUCUCUGUCUAAAUAAAUAGCUUGGUGGGAUUGCACACCUUCCACUGCUAUCCUGCUACCCUGCUACCCUGCUACCUUGUUACUCCAUCAUCCGCACCCUUCACAUUGACCCUGUUGUGUAUUGAACCCCCCCAUGUCACCACAUCGUCGACACUCUGGGGAGUCCAAGACAAAAUUGAACCAAAGCGUCUCCUCCAGUUCAGUCCAAUCCUUGGGGUUUAACCGGGAGACAGGUCCAUGGCCUUGCGCGGCCCCCAAUAAUGCAUGUCUGUUUAUCAAUGGUGCCAAUCCUGAACACAUCGCCAUUGCCCAAGACGAUCUCUUUGAUGCUGUGAAAAUCAUCUGUUCCUAUGACCAAUGUAUCGCCUCUCCGUACCUCCACAGUGCCUGCUUUGAAUCCUUUGAGGAAAGUGUCUUGCAGUUUCUAAAGUCCUGUCCCAGGGCCAAGUCCUGGACUGACAAGCAACUCGCCCAGAAUCUCUGGACCAAAAGGGGCUACGACCUCGUGUUCCAAACCUGUGAGUGCCUCUGCGGUCACGGACAUAUCCGAAAGGAUCUCGAUUGGGUCCGACCCGCUCCUCCACCCGGCACUGAAAUGGACUCGUGCCCUCCCCCGUCCCACAUGAGAAUGGCUAACGGAAUGAGUGAUCCUCAUGGCAAACGGAAACGGAAGAAAAGCAAGAGCCAAUCCAAUACCAUGUCCACCAUUGCCAUUGGUCUGCCCAUGUUGGGAGGGGCCAACAACAGUGGCUCUGGUCAUCAUGGCAGUCCAAGCAAUGCUCAAAUGUCCUCAAUUCGACGCUCAGAUGCUCAAAAUGUUCCGCGCAAUCGGACCAACUCCAUUUCCUCCACCACCUCAGGCAGCAGCUCAAUUCUAAGUGGAUCACCUGUGGGAUUCAGUCCCUCUGGAAGCAGUCCUUCUUCACAUGACGGUGCCAGUGUGGUUCCAAAGUCCCGCAAUCUUAUCCAGGAACGAAUGCGCCAUGAUUCGGGUGGAAGUAUAUUCUUGAGGAGACAGGAUUAUAGCUCAUUCAACGUUCUUCCCAAGCACAAGAUUAACUCGUAUCAUAUUAAGAUGGAAGAUGAAUGCAGUAUUGGCAACGACGAGACUCGGAUCUUUAUCUUGUCCUCCUACGCUAGCAAUAAAAUGAACCGCGUUCCCUGUGUGGUGUGUGCGUCAGUUUUGCACAUAUUUGAUCGAUAUCCGCUCCUAGAUGGGACCUUCUUUCUCUCACCCAGGCAACAUAAUAAAAGCUGCAUUAAGGUUAAGCACGAAGGCAAGACGAAUUAUCUGACUGCCGUGUGUAUGGGCUGUUUGGAGGGUUGGACUGCCAAUGUUUGCUGUCGAAUUUGUAUGAAGCCGUGGACCGGAUCGCAUUUGAUUUUGGGUACAAUGUACUCCUACGACAUUUUCGCUGCCAAUCCUUGUUGCGCCGAGAAACUCAAGUGCAACAACUGCCAUGAGAUGGUGAUCCAUCCAGACCAGCGCUUUAACUUCUUCUCUGACUACUCUCAAGUGGUCUCCUGUCCAAAUUGCGGUGUCCAAGACACCCAUUUCUGCAAGUCCUUGGCCAUGUACGUGAAACAGGGGGACCCACAGAAACUGGCCCGCUUGCAGUCUAUGCAAAUGCGGCAGUAUCAACAAGCCAUGGCUGCCAUCUCGGGACUACGAGUUCAAAGGGUUAAUUCGGCGUGAUCCUCUCGUGGUCUUGGAUACCUUGAGCAUUUGUUUUAAAUUCGGCCACGUCGCACGGAUGCAACCCCCUCGCAAAUCUUGGCAAUACGAACAAACACAAUGGACCCUUCUCGUUAAACGCAGCCUUUCUCCAUUAAUGAGAAAAUCUAGUUUUCUUUAGAUUGAAUUUAAGUGCCUCAUAAAACUGCCUUGCUUUUUGAACUGCCCCUCCUCGAAGUUUUUAUGCAAGGGCGUAACAUGCACGAAACUCACUCAACCUCACAUUUGACUUCAUCUGUAGAGUUGCCAUUUUGUCAUUCGUCAAGCCAUAAGCCAAGAAGAUGCUCUCUUCUGAGUUGAGCACUGAAAUUGUAUGAUUAAAUGAUUAAUCUACAGGCUUUGUCUCUGUAUAUCCCAUAUGAGAUCAAGAAGAGCUCAUUUUGGCUUCCGAUGCUAAUGAAGAUGGGCGGUAGGGACCAAAGUUACCGAUUCCUACGUCCUCGACCUUUUUUCCACUGGCAAUCCUGGGAUUGAGCUGCACGCUCUUUUUAAAUGUACAAGGUGUUUUUGUAUCGUAGAGCAUUUACCAACUGUUUCUUUCCUUCCUUGAUGUACAUUCAUGAUGUUCAAGUAGUCAUUCUGAAUGAUCUGAAACAGAUCUUUCACCAUAUCAAUCAAGUUGUCCAUAUGCAUAUGCCACGCAUUCCUUGGCAGACUCACGUUAGACGCAAAAGUAACAAACUAAUCAAGAGCGACCAUUCAUAUUCAUUCAACCUGGUGAAAAAGACGUCCCCUAAACAAUGUUGUUGAGUUUUUUCCUUUAAUGUUGCUACCAAUCCAUCCUUCUGUUUUGACCGUAGUUACCAAGAUUCAUGAAUUUUACCCUUGUGAAUAUUUGAAACAUAGAAGUCUGACUCGUUUGUAAAAUUUCCAAACCCAACUCAUACUGGUUCUAUAGAUUCUCGGCAUAAAUCUCACCCCAUCAACACGAAUCGUGUCCCACAAAAAUGAUCUGCAUAAUACCAAGUUUGGAACAAUCCAUCAUUUCAACUAAAAUAGUAUCUUCCCAACAGGCUGACAAUAUCAAUGUUGAACAACUUUUGUAUGAGUGAUUGAAACUGUUGAGUAUGAAAUAAAAUUCGAAUCUGAACGCA